AUAAUUUUUAUUUUUUUCUUCUCUAAUUAAUAUAAAAUAUAUUUUUUCUGUCAUAGUAUUCCUUGAUUCCCAUCAAACGACAUUUUUAAUAACCCAUUUACUUCCUUUCUCUCCUAUAUAUAUAAACCUUUCUCAACCCUUCGUAAACAAACACAAAUUUCUCUCCCUUACCCAAAAAAAAACCCUUUAUUUUCUUUUGUUUUAUCUUAAAGCUCUUAUCUAAUAACAUAAAUUUUCUUAUAUUAAUCUUUUCAUGGAGGAGAUUAAUAAUCUAAGAUCACCAUCUUUAGCCAUUCGCAAAGAUUCAAAAACAAUAUCAAAAGUUUCAUCAAGUACCAUAAUUAACACCACUAAGCCUAAGAUUAGGAUUAUCCAUAUAUUUGCACCGGAGAUCAUCAAGACUGAUGUGGCAAAUUUCAGAGAGUUAGUCCAAAGGCUCACUGGAAAACCAACCGAGAAAGAUCAAUGCUGCAAGAAGGAGAGUAUUACCAAAAGUAAGCCCAAGAAUAAUAAUUCAUCAUCAGUAGUCAAAAAUAUUAUUAUUCCCACAACACCUGCUUCUUCAUCAUCAUCAUUAGAUAAUAAUAGUAAUUAUUAUUAUGAUAAUAAUAAUAAUGAUGAUGAUAAUCAAGUUGGUUAUUACUCCAAAUUAAACGCCUACUUUCCCACUAAGCCAAUAGCCAUGAAAAUGGACUAUACUACUAGUGGUGGGUUUCAGGGUUUUGAUUAUCUGGGCAUGGCGGAUCAACAAAGGGUAGUUAAAAUGGAGGAGGAAGAUGAAGAAGAAGAAGAAGAAAUUGUUGAUGAAGCUCAUCAUCAUCAUCAUGGUAUGUGGGAUAUGAUUAAUAAUAAAGGUCAUGAUGAGAAUGCUAUUUCGAGUAGUAAUUGUACAACAACAGGGUUUCUUGAAGGUUUUCUUGGAUUUGAAGAGCUAACUGGUGAUGAGUUCCAUAAUUUGCUACCUAAUUUGGAUAAUUCUCAUGUGAUGCAAUUUGGUUUUGGAGGACCUCAACUUGUGUAGCAGUCAUCUUCUAAUGUAGUACCUUAUUAAUUAAGCUUUUUUUUUUUUUAUAUAAUAUGAUUUUUGUUAUAUUAUCUUGAUUUCUUUUGGUGCUGAUGAUCAUGACGACUACUACUCAUGAACAUUUAGUGAGGCUCUAUGAUCUGAUCUGAUCUUAUAUUUUCCCAGUCUGCAAAAUAUAUAUAUAUAUAUAUACUUUUUUCUUUUAAUUUAAUCUUUGGGGAGGUUCUUGAUGAUGAUGA